CACGACUCCCACAUUCCAUCCAUCCCCUUCACCAUCCGCACCACUGCCCUCUAUUCCCUGAGGAUGGGUCUAAUGAAGUGACGGAUGACUCAGUCCAUCACUUCCCCUCCUUCACUGCUUCGCUCUUGCCUGAGGCCACGUUUGUCGCUGACCAGUAAGACACCUCUACCCCGCCGCGAGCCAGGCAACACUGCGGGUCUCGCCCAGCUGCCACACUUCCUCACACUCACUCCUCACCCUUCCAUCACUUCUCGUUGGCCGUUGAAUUUCCUUCACGCACACUCGCUUCCCUCACCCACUCUCCCUCCCCUCUGCUGCUAUCAUCCUACAUCUCUCCCUCUGCUUCUGCCCGUUCGCCGAUGAGCUCUCAUUAUGGAAUCUGACUCAUCUCUUCCUCAGACGUCUAGCAGUGAAGCGAACCAAGAGCAGUUGACCACACCACCUCAAUCUCAGUCUUCUUCCCCACGAUCCCCCACGAGCUCCAACAUUAGCGAGCACGAAUCCAGCUUCGCCUUUCCCAAGCUUGCCCUCGACGGCUCGCUCUCAGAUCUCCCUUCACGCUCGCCAUAUCCCCCGACCCCACCGGCUGCUCUGAGCUCCUUGGGAGCCAAAGCCAUGAUGGCAGGACACACGAGUGAUAGCUUGUCGGAGGCCUCUCUCGACGCCCAGUACGACAUGAUUGACGACAUCUCCGACUUGUCUGACGGACAUGAGACCGCGAGCCUCACUUCUACACGCCCAGACGAUGAGGAUGAACAUACAUUGGGCGAGAGUAUGGUUGACCUCGAUGCUGAGCUCGGUAUCCGUCGCCCUACCCGUGAUGCUCAAACGAACACCCAGGUCAAAGCCGAGAAUGCCUUGCUGGACUCAUACAUGUCGGAGGAUCUUGAGACUCCUCGACAGUCGACCCUCCACAACGCUCGUGCUCGCCGUACCACUCUAGGUCCGCCGUCAGCAUCAUCACCAGCCACAACUAUCACCAAGUCUACUUACCACAUCCUGUUCGUCUCGGACCGCUCCACCAGCAACGACGCCGUGUCUGAUGCAUGCCUGCGUUUCGCUUCGUGUCUCUUGCCCGCUGACGAAAACAUGGAAGAAACCAUCGCCAGCAUUGGCGUUGGUGCUACGCCUGGCCACUUGUCCUCUACACAUCUGUCCGUACGUUUGGGAGAUGUUGAGCUGGCUGUCGAGCUCUGUGUCGACGCCCAGUUCGUUGCCGGCGACGACCGUAAGCCCGAGCUCGCCUACUUCUUCCGAUACCCUGACGGAGACGAUGUCAGCAUGUCCAACCUCGCUGACAAGCAGAGUAUUGCCCCCUCCGACCUGUAUGACCUCGUGGUAUACUAUUUGCACGAUUCCACCUACCCCGACUGGCACAACAUCGUCAAGUCGAACAUGCUUCCCAUGAUGCCACCGGCUAUCACUCUUUCAGCCCCGGGUGUCGAGUUGUCUACGCCUCCUGGGAUCGAAAAGGAAGAACUGUUCGAGAGCGAGCUCGUCCUGAGCAGUGAUGAGUUGUUUGGCGAAGACGAUGGACAUGUGAGAGAGGCGAUACGUGAUCUCAUGACGGAGCACGCUCGCAUGCCUACCACGCAGUCUAAGGCGACCAACGCAUCGAGCGAUUGGCUACAAUGCGUUCAGAAGGAGUUCGGGCUCAAGUACCCUACUCGCCAGGACUUCCGUUCGAUCAGUCUUUGGCACCUUCUCACCUUCAUUGCCGUCGUGCUGGCGUAUUUCAUCAAGCCCUACCUUCACAUCCUUGAUGGACCUGAUCCCAGCUUAGCUGUCGCAAUGCGCAGAGAGGCAUUUGCGUCCGCGCUAACCAAGAUGACGAACUCUACGGACACGGCAAUGGCUCUCAACAUGACAUACCUGAUUCCCUACCACGAGGCAGCCUGGAAGGACGAAGAGCUCGCUCCUCCACAGGCCCGCUACGAGCACCUGCCGCCAAAUCACUUCAUAAUCUCUCUUCCAGAGAAGACCAACCUUGUCUGGCAUCAGCUCAAUUGGAACCGCUUCCCUCAUGUCGUGUCGUCAACGGCAUCUCGGUCAAACACAUCGAUCGAGCACAAUCUGACUCAGCUCAUCGAUGGUGUGUACGAUGUCACGAUCCGUCCGGAAGAUGCAUCCGGCAAAGUCACCGUCAACCUGUACGCCAAGUGGCCCAAGCUACCCGAGAGGGACAUCGUCGUCGAGCACAACUUCGGAAUGAGGAUCUUGCACCGCGACACGUACGACAAAAUCAGCACCGACCUCAGCAAGACUAUCGGCAAGGAGGUGAUGGUGGCUCGGAAGAACGCCAAGUCUCUGGGCAGCAAGAUGAGUCUGGAGUUGAGCGCAGGCGCAGCGGCCACCAGAAACGUCACUACAGAGGUGGCUAUCUACAUCGUUCGUGACUUGACCAUCAUGGCCAACACGGCUCUCUCGGUGUUUACGAAGGCGGCGGCGGCCAGCAAUGGAACGGCGGCGAACUUCAAGAAGGAGCUUGCCGCCGUUCAGAAAGACCUCAUCCAGCUCAGCAACGACGUGCAGAAGUCGCUCAUCUCCAGAGCCCACACCGCAAAAGCGUUGAUCCCCUACAUGCACGCUCCAGUCAAGCGUGUCAAGGCCUGGGUUCCGUCUACACAAGCUUCAGUGAAGAGCGUCAAAGCCUUGAUCCCGUCGAUGAAGACUCUGAAGCGGCCCCUGGCUCUAUCUCGAGAGCGCGCGAUGCGUAUCAAGAAGGCCCUCGCCGGACACCGCGACGCUAACAGCACCUCGGCGACGAAAGAGCUCUCCUUACGCUUGCAAAACAUCUUCGGCAAGCCGACCGAGAAGUCGAAGAAGGCCGGCAGUUUCGCCGACAUUGCUCGCUGCUCUCAGGCCAAAGACUACCAGGCGUGUCGGAGGGAGCAGAAGGCCCUGCAAGCUCGCGAAUCGAAGCUGCAUGGCCUUGCUUCUGUCAGUGCUGCAUCGAAGUCUACUGUCCCCAGCCAAGCGCCAGAGGCCGAUGUCAAAGCGUCUGCUGGGAAGAAGGAGAAGAAGAUUGGCAAAAAGGGCAAGAAGGGCAAGAAGGCUGCUGCUCCGAAAGACGCCCGAGUCGAGAAGGACAAGAAGAAGAACAAGGGGCCGAAGAAGCACGGCAAGAAGCACAAAGCCCCUGGCCCAAAGUGAGGGAUUUGAAUGCUUCGAUGCACAUACACACGUGAAAUGAGAUGGAAGGUUUUGUUUUUGCCUGGCGUUCUCAUCAACGGAUAUACCUCGGAUUGCUGGGGAAGGGAACGCAUUGGAAUGGGGGUUUGUUUUCCUUUCACGGAAUGACUCGAUCGGGACGGAAGGUCAGAUGCAACGGCGAAGAGGCAUAGAGGCAUCUCGUGCGGUGAAGGAGGGCGAUGAUAGUUGGUGCGGCUCUCUACUUUGUAAUGCUGUGAAUUGAGAUC